CAAAACCACCCCCCCCACCGCUUCGCAAAAACCCUAAUCCCGUCCAGUCCCUUCUCAAAUCCAAUCCACGGCUCCCCCCUCUCUCUCUCUCUCUAGCUUUCUCUCUCUAGCUGCUGCUGCUGCUGCUGCUGCGGUGCUUGUUGCCCUAGGAAAUGGCCGCCGCGUGCUCCGCCGCCGCCGCCGCCGCCGCCGCGAGCGGCUUCCUCAGCGCAUUCUUGGAAGCCCUGGUGGCCGAGGCCGCCGUGUCCGCGGUCAACGGCCUCGCCUGCUCGCUCCUGAUGGUGAAACCUUUGAUUGGUGCAGUCAGCAUCCUUCCAAAAGAGCUGGACACAUCUCAAAGCUUCCCCAUUUCUGAGUUGCAUGCUGUGAAGAAACCUGGUCCCGAGAACACAGAUGGCAGCGAAACUGAGGAUGAUGAAGAUGAGGAUGAUGAUGAGGGUGAUGACCAGGAUGACGAUGGAGGCGAGGAAGAGGAUGGCUCAGGUGAAGAGGGUGAGGAGGAAGGGGAUCCAGAGGAUGAGCCUGAGGCCAAUGGAGAAGGGGGAAGUGGAGAUGAAGAUGAUGAUGAUGAGGAUGACGACGAUGACGAUGGGGAAGAGGAGGAAGACGAUGGCGAUGAGGACAAUGAAGAUGAAGAUGAUGAGGAAGAGUUACCUCAACCUCCUGCAAAGAAGAGGAAAUGAGAUUGUAUCAUGCUUCUAAUGGCUUGUGUUUAAUGUGGUGUUCGCUUCGUUGGAGGGUAGGUUUUUGCUAGUAUUAGGCUAGAAUUGGGGGAUUUGGGUUUGUAUGUUUGCUUCUUUGCAUUAGAAAAGAUGCUUAGCAUUUUGUCGUGACCCUAGUUCAAUAAUUCUAGUAAUCGCUGUAUUACCAUCGUGA